AUGAACGUCGAGCCAACUACCUUUUCCGCGGAGGAUUACUUUGCAACCCAACCCCCUCCUUCAACUCUCCACCACGACGUCGAACAAGUAAAGAAUUUUGUGGCGAGGCAAGCAAAAGAGGGAAGGAAGGUGGUUUUAGUGACUAGCGGUGGUACAACUGUACCACUGGAGCUCAAUGUCGUCCGGUUCUUAGACAACUUUAGUGCUGGAACCCGUGGCGCGACCUCUGCAGAGUAUUUUCUGAAAGCAGGCUAUGCCGUCAUUUUUAUGCACAGGCAGUUCAGCCUGCAACCAUUUAGCAGGCAUUACUCACACUCCACGAACCCUUUCCUCGAUUUUCUUGAAAUCGAUAGGGAUGGAUUUCAAGUGGAUUCGACUCCCAGGAUCUCGGUAACCCCAGAGAAGCGGGAGGACCUCUUGGAGGUGUUGAACACUUAUAAAGCCGUGCACGCCGCUGGGACACUUCACAGUCUCACCUUUGUAACUGUGAAUGACUACCUUUGGUUGCUUCGCGCUCUUAGCCAGGAGCUCGCCGUUCUGCGCAGGAACGCGAUGUUCUAUCUCGCUGCCGCCGUCAGCGACUUUUUCCUUCCAAGACAGAAGAUGUCAGAGCACAAAAUCCAAUCCGGCAAAGGGAGCCUCCAUAUUGAAAUGGAUCAGGUUCCCAAAAUUUUAGGGUCAGUGGUGGACGAGUGGACACGGGAAGGUUUCGUGAUUUCCUUCAAGCUAGAAACGGACCCAGCGCUGCUCAUACCCAAAUCCUGUGCCGCACUUGAACGAUACGGCCACCAAGUGGUCAUCGGCAACGACUUACACCGACGAAAGCAUGAAGUCGUCUUCGUCUCGCGUAAACUCCUUCCCUCUCUGCCACCAGGUGCCCACCCCGAACCAACUACGGCCGUCACUGAUGUGGAUGGAGAUGUUCCUGCUUGGGAUACCCUCUCAGAUACCUUUUCGGAGUACUGGCUUCGCAUCGAUAUUCCAGACUCCACUGUACCUGCUAGCCAGGUCAAGGAGAUAGAGGAAGACAUCGUGACGGAGCUUGUCAAGCGACACUCUGCGUGGAUUCAACAAUCAGUUCCCAGCGAGGUCUCUAGGAAGGUGUAGAUCUCGGGAAGGAAAUGAGGAGCGUGUAAGAUCUACAUAUUGCCUAUGAUAGCUGGACACUGAAGUACAACAAAUUCAUUAUAAUUUAUGGUGAAA